CUCUGCAGAUGCUGGCUUGGCUGGUCCCUGGGAGGUCCUGCUCCAGCAUCCCAUUGACCAUGUCUUUGCCUACCCUCCUCUUCCUUCCCCUGCUCUGUUGUUCUUUGUCAUCCUUAUGCACGCCCUUUGUCCCUCCAUUCACAUCCUCUCCCUGCAGCUCCCCUCUGUCAACCCAAACAGCCUGUGCCUGCGAGGGUUUAGCCCGUCCUGCUGCUGAGUCCCCCCCCGAGUCCCUUUGGCAUCAGCGUGCUCCUGGUAUUGCCAGCCAUGCUGAAUGGUGGAGAAAGUGCAGGCUUGUGGCUAAGGCUCUGGGUGGGAAGGUGGGACCUGUGUUCUGUUCCCAACCCUGCUGCAGAGUUGUGCUGUUACCCCAGACGGCUUGCUUUUGUGCCCUGGCUGCCUCCCACGCUUACUGUGCUCCUGACCAAGGGGAUGAGAAAUGAAAAGAUGGCUCAUCAGCCCCCACCAGCUCUGAGGCAGAGCAGUUCCCUUUGGGGGCUCCAGUAACAUGAGUGGAAGAAAAGAGGGGGCUCCAGGGAUGAGGGAGGUUAGGUAACCACCCUGAUAAGGCUCCAGCCCCCUUCCAAUGACCAUCCUGGGAAUGGCCAGGCUCUUGGCACUCCUGUGACAGUCAGCCCCAUCCCUUGGGAACUGCCUGGUUCUCUGUGUCCCUGCGGUACAGAGCCCAGCCUCUGCAGGGCAGUGAUGAAUACAGUGUGCCUGCAAAAUGGCUCUGUACGGGACAUCCGGGGGCCAGCAUUGCUGCCAUGGCAGCCUAGACACUGGCCCAUUUCUGUGGCAGCAAGAUACAUGACAUCCCUGCAACAAGUCCUCUGGCAUGCAGGCCUGGUGUUCCCAUGUUCAACCGGAGGCAAAGCAGUCCAUGGUCUGGGCACAGGCCUGGAGAGUGGGUUCUAAUCCUGACUCCAACACUAGCUCCCUUGUGGCCAGUCCCUUGCCUAUUUUCCAGGCUGUAGGAGGCUCUCCCACGUUCACUGCAGUCCCUGUUUCCCUUCUGUCAUGGGUGCCAUGCAGAGCUCCAGGGCUGGCAUUCACUGCUGAGCUAACUGGAGCAUUACCCCUAACCAGGAUCGUGUCCAUACACAAGCUCUUAACUUGAAUGUAGCUGCCUGGCCUGGAGGCACAGGUGAAAGACCCAGUUAGCUCAGCCUCUGAGCUCCUGAGACGAGACCUCUUAGCUACUGCAUGGGGAACUGAACCAGGGAAGCUCCAAAGCUAAGUACACGAGCUGCUGCACUUUAAGCAACUCAGCUGCAGCAGACAGGGUGCCCGAAACACUCCUCAUAUGCUGGCAGGACCGCUAGAGAAACAGCCUAGCUCCAUUCAAGUGCUGCUAAUCCCCCAGAUCCUUUUAAUUCCUUUCCUCCCUCAACCUCUCCCUAUCCUCCCAGCUGUUCAAAAGGACAGACAACUUCUCUCACAGCUCAGCUUGCUGCCCACAAAGGACCAGGACAGCUAGUGCUAUGUGUGAGUGAGGGUGGCACCAGCUUGAGAAGAUACAGCUGCUUCCGUGUGGCUGAGAAGCACAGAUAAUUCAAGAUAACUGUACUGUAAAGACAGACUCCAAGACCGUGCCCCAGUCACACACCUGGCUCUCACUGGACUGAGCAGGAGUCAAGGAUGACCUGUGCCAGACUGCUCUUGCCCAGAGAGAACCAGGCACCCACCUGCUCCUGCUGGCUUGGCCCAGAGCAUCAUGCAAUCUGCUCUGUGUUGCUUUGCUCACUGGGCACGGUCAAACUGGCCUCAAAGCCUUAGCUGGGCUGCAGGGCUCUCCUGCUACAGGCUUGACGGUAACAUCAGCUCUGCACUGGUACCUCCCCCAGCUGCCCUCCAUGCAUGGAGACUCCCCUGGGUGGGGGAACCCAGAGCAAGGCAAGGCCUUCAGACAGAUGCUUUCUCCUAGAGCUGAACUCUGCAGUCUGAGCACAGCCCUGUGCACCCUUCUGUGCCAAACCCCCACCUUCAGCCUUAUUCCCAGGGGAACACUCCUGCCUAAUUCCAGGAGCAUUUUGUGGACUUGGUAAUAGCAGCGUGACCCUGCGACCUGUAUCCAGUCACAAAGGUAUUCCAACCACCACCUCAGGACAUGGUCAUGUUGGCUACAAAUGUCCAACUCGGGAUCCUUAAAAUUCUGGUUUAUUAGGCGGAUUGAAGCACUGUAAUGAAGUUAAAUCAUAAACCUUGGGGCUGGUCCCCACACACACAUGCACACACACAGUAGCAAGCUACAAGAGUCAGGUAUACCUAUCCUACAAGCGCUGGAGUCUGCUGUCAAUGGCCAGUAGAGGCUUCUUUCAGCGUGGUGGUAUCCUCCAGAAGGGGGUUGCCGGCUGGUCCUUCUGGCUGGACAGGUCUGGUCGAGUUGGAGAUCAAGAGGGCGCCACUGAGGGUCACUUUUCACUGCUUUUUAUCUGUCCUUGGCAGACUUUGGUGACUCCCCAGUUUUCAGGUUUCCCCAAUCCAGGGGUCGUUGACCCUCAUGGGACUUCCCCCCUUGGUGGCUACUGGAUGGCAUCUGUCAGCCCCAGAGGUCGUCCGCAUGUACGUGCAGGUUUGGGAGUCCAUUGAUGAAUUUUGAAUAGGGCUCUGGGAGCGGUCGAUCUAGAGAUAUUAAGCCCAAAAGUUGGUCCCCAGCAUUGAUUAACUCAGGCCAGGGCUUCUAGCCCUUGAUCAGUGUCGUUUAGAGAAUUCCCGGUUGUUACAUUGUCUUCUAUUGAGUUCUUCUGUUGGUUGAUCUGCAGUUUCCUUAGGUGUUAACUUCUGUCUGCUACCGUGUUACACAUUCAGUCACUGAUUCACUCGCUCUUUCAGGGGCCAGCCUGAUACAGGGAAGUGGCAGUUUGACUCCUGCCCUUGUUAACAUUGUUACUAAACACAUUUAUAGCUGAAAGGUGAGGAGUAUAAAAUAUAAGCUACAAAUGCCAUAGCACACAAAUAGAUAAAAAUACCAACAUACACAGGGAGAUAUAAAAUGCAUACAUACAAAUUUUAAAACACAAUUCCUUAUCUUAAAGUGAAAGAAAGAGGACGGAAGAAAAGGUAGAAGAGGAAAAACAUAUCCAAGGAGGGGAGAGCAACUGCAGGCAAGAGGAAAAGGGGGCUUUCUGCUACAGCCACAGGGAUUGUGGAGAAGCAAUGGCCUGCUUCAUGCACAUGAACCUAGAGAGUGCUGGCUUUUCCACUUCCCUCCUGUCUAAAGAGCAGAGGCACCUAUCCCAAGGCCCUGGGCCUUGCAUCAAAAGGGCUUGAAAUUCCAGAAUUUCAGUUUAUUUCAUUGCCUCCUGCUUGAUCCUUUGGAGUGGGAGGUUGUGCUUCAGAAGAAGCUGUGGGAUAGGCCCCCAAGCCCCCACUGCUGUUUUGUUGGCAUCUCCUGCUUGUUGCAACUUUGGUUAACUCCCCCUGCUGCUAUGCCCAGAUGCUCCUAUGGUUCCCAGGUGCUGCACCUGGAAACAUGUGGGAGUCAGACCACUGAGUCACGGGCAGGAGCUAUUCCCCGGAGAUAUCUGGCAAUCUGAGCUCAGGCAGGAAUUUAUCCAGAAGCCUUUGCCCCAUUGGUCAAACUCUACCCACCGGCUUGCCCCCCUAAUACAGAUGCUCUCUGUGUUUUCAAUGCCCAGGCAGAUGGUGGUUUGUGAACUGUGCCACAGAGCGCAGUGGGGAGCCAACACAGCCUGUUGCUCAGGGCUUGAAAGAGAAAGAAGGGACGUGGAGGGCCAAUGGCUGAUUGGAGUGUGCCACUCAGCACGCUGGGGGAAGCCGCCCUGGCCAGGCUCUCCGAGCUCCUGGACAGCUCCACCCGGGGCUGGCGAAAGCUGGCUGAAGUCGCUGGUGCCGAGAAACGCUUCAAAUUCAGUGAGGAGGAGCUGGAGGUAUGUUCCCUGAAGGUCCUGGAGGCCCGUGGGAGCCCCAGCCAGCACCUCCUGCAGCUGCUGUCUGAGCGAGACUGCACCCUUAAGUACCUGCUCUGCUGCUUAGAAAAGACGGGACACACCGAGGCCUUCCAGUUUGUCAGCAGUGUUGUCCAAGAAUUCAUCCGGAUCACGGUGCAGCCAGAAUCCCAGGUGGUUACAGAAGGGACUCGCGUGUCCUUGUCCUGCCAGGCAAGUGGGCCACCUGGACUCAGCUACCAGUGGUUCUGUGGGAAGCACGAGGUACCUGGUGCCACCUUUCCUGAGCUGGUGAUAGACCCAGCUACCUUGCAGACCCUGCCUGCCUGGUACAUCUGCCGAGUGAACUGCGGGACCAACUUUUCCUUCUCCAAAUGGGCCCGGGUCCAGGUCAAGAGAAGAAGCAGCCCAGCCUCAGCAUCCUCUCCAGCAAGCGGCUAUUGCCUAACCAUGGCGGGCUUGCAGAUCGUCCAGCAGCCCCAGCCCUGCACCCUGGACGAAGGGAAAACCCUCCAGUUGCAGUGUAUGGCCAUUGGGAACCCCCCACCCCAGUACCAGUGGUUCCGAAAUGGGAUUGUGAUCGAGGGGGCGCGGGACCCCUGCUUCCAGGUGAAGCUGGUGACAACUGCAGAGAGAGGCUGCUACUCCUGCAAAGUGUUCAACCUCUUCCAUGAGUUGUGGAGCAAGGAUGUGGAUGUGGAGAUUGGACCACGGUUGUUCACCUCUGGGACAGGCUGGCAGGAGGGAGAGGCUGGGACUGUCCCAGAGCAGAGUGGCCACAGCCAGCUGUAUGCCACAGACAAAGUGGCCCUGCUGAUAGGGAACAUGACCUACCUGUAUCACAAGCACUUGAAAGCCCCCAUGGUGGACGUGCAUGAGCUGACCAACCUGCUCCGCCAGCUGAACUUCAAGGUAGUCUCCCUGUUGGACCUCAGCAAGGCCGAGAUGCAGAUGGCUGUCAACGAAUUCCUCCUCCUCCUGGACAAAGGCGUAUAUGGCUUGCUCUACUACGCCGGCCAUGGCUACGAGAACUUUGGGAACAGCUUCAUGGUGCCUAUUGAUGCGCCGGGAUCCUACACAUCGGAGCACUGCCUGUGCGUGCAGAGCGUGCUGCAGAGCAUGCAGCAGCGGCAAACUGGCCUCAACAUCUUCCUGCUGGACAUGUGCCGCAAGAGGAACCUGAAUGACGACAUCAUCCCGCAGGUGGGAGCGCUGCAGGUCACAGCCAACAUAGUGUUUGGCUAUGCCACAUGUGCUGAUGCAGAGGCCUAUGAGCUCAGCCAGGGAGAGCUCUCCAAUGGGAUCUUUGUCAGCUUCCUGAAGAGGUGGCUGCUGGAGGAUGAGAAGAUCACAGUGCUGCUAGACAAGGUGGCUGAAGACAUGGGAACCUUAGAGAUCACCAGGGGCAGGCAGGCGCUGGAGCUACGGAGCAACUUGUGUGAGAGACGAGCCCUCACUGAUCCAAUUAAGCCAUCUGAGGGCCCGGAGGAAGUCUCUGUUAGGAACUUGCAAUGGGUCAAGGCUCAUGUCCUCCCAGAAAGCCGAUACCUCCAGUUUGACUGCGGGGUCAGAGUCCAGCUGGGCUUUGCCGCCGAGUUCUCCAACAUCUUGAUCAUCUACACGCACAUAGUGGUGACACCAAAGGAGAUCACGAGGUGUGAGGCAAAGCUUACGGACAUCCCGGAGGAGCUGGAUGUGGAUUUGAAGUUCACCAACAAGGAGAGCCCGGAGGAGAUGGGGAGCACUCUCUCCCAGGCCUCAAGCACCCACUUCCCAGACUGCUGCCUCUACAGCCGGCUCUGUGGCCUGCAGAAGCUGAAAAAGGAACUGACCUUCACCAUUUGCCUGCAGUACCAAUACCAAGGAAUUGAUGACUUUAUUGAGGAGAGCCAGUCAGUAAAUAUUGGGAAGCCGCUGAUUGCAAAGCUCAACCUCUGUGUCAGUGAUGGGCCAGGGGGCUUUGCAAGUGCCCACUCUCCACUGGUUGGCAUGGAUGAGUGUGCAGAUGUCUUUACUGGCUCUUUCCAAAGCACUGGGGAGACCUCACAGUCGCCGGCUGCUUCUGAUGCCUGCAGGAGUCUCCCUUCUGGCUCCCAUGUUGGCAGCUGGUGUGGCGAUGAUACCCAGUGGGUGAACACCCCCGAGGAGAACCUGAGUCCUGAGUUCCCAGCCUCUAAUUCCGUGUAGACCUUGCCAUUUGGCCGAAGCGUCACCUCAGCCUCUCGUCUAAGCGAGGACAGAGCUACACGCUGGAUCCUUCUCCUGAACAUCAGAACAGAGCCAGGCCCUGGGCCUCUUCAUAGAAAAUGAGGAUUGGAAGGGACCUCAGGAGGACAUCGAGUUCAACCCCCUGCUGAAAGUAGGACCAUCUCCAACUAGAUCAUCCGAGCCAUAAUUUUAUCUAUCUGGGUCUUAAAAACCCCUUGCUCAGGCAGAUCUGCCAUUGGCACAACCAUGGAGCCACCCGAAAAAGGAGCCUCUGGAUUUGUUAGUCUGAGGACUGGAAAGCCUGGCAGUGACCAUGUAGGUUGACCUCCUACCUGGCACAGGCCAGAGAACUGCACCCUGCCUCAUGCCCAGGACUUUCUGGUGGCCCAUGCAGGGUGUUAAGGAGAGAAAGCUGUGUCUGUAACACUUUUCCCCAUACAGGCUCCUCUGUAUGGAGGUCACAAGGAGCUGCAUGUAGUUCAUAGAGAAAAUAAAGGUACAACCUGCUAUA